GUGGUAGCGGUCCCGGCCAAUCAGACAGUUUUUUUUUCUCAACCAUGGACUAUCGACAGAAGUUGAGACAGGCAGUCUGGAGUAAAUCUGAACCACGAUGGAUGCAAUAACCCGUUGUCUCGUGUUAAUAGUCCUGUUCUUUGGGACUAGGAUUCAAGAAAAUGAUGCCUUGCAGUGUUACUGCCAGCGAUGCCUCAACUCCACGUGCACCACGGAUGGCCUGUGCUUCGUGUCCGUCAGGAAGUCUGGCAGCAGCAUCACUGCCGAGAGCAGCAUGUGUGUCCCAGAGAACGAGCUAAUCCCGCGUGACCGCCCCUUCAUCUGCGCACCCUCCACCAAGGACGACACUGGCAUCUACCCCAUGUGCUGCGCCACCGACUGGUGCAACAAGAACCCCGACCUCAGCGUCUUCCCAGUGCCGACGGUGAAGCCGGUUCCCCUGGGGCCUGUGGCGCUGGCAGCGGUCAUUGCGGGGCCUGUGUGCGUACUGUGCUUCGUGCUGAUGCUGGUCUUCUACAUCUGCCACAGCCGUGCGGGCGUCCACCACCGCGUACCCAACGAGGAGGACCCCUCCAUGAACCACCCUUUCCUCAAUGUGGGCUCCACUCUCCAAGACCUCAUCUACGACAUGACCACCUCUGGCUCCGGCUCUGGUCUGCCCCUGCUGGUUCAGAGGACCAUAGCCCGGACCAUCAUCCUCCAGGAGAGCAUCGGAAAGGGCCGCUUCGGUGAGGUGUGGCGGGGGAAGUGGCGAGACGAAGAGGUGGCGGUCAAGAUAUUCUCGUCCCGUGAGGAGCGCUCGUGGUUCCGCGAGGCUGAGAUCUACCAGACAGUCAUGCUGCGUCACGAGAACAUCCUGGGCUUCAUCGCUGCUGACAACAAAGAUAAUGGGACAUGGACCCAGCUGUGGCUGGUAUCAGACUACCAUGAGCAUGGCUCUUUGUUUGACUACCUGAACCGCUACACCGUCACCGUGGAGGGCAUGAUCAAACUUUCCCUGUCCACUGCCAGCGGCCUGGCCCACCUCCACAUGGAGAUCGUUGGCACGCAAGGGAAGCCGGCCAUCGCCCACAGGGACCUGAAAUCUAAGAACAUCCUGGUGAAGAAGAGCGGGACAUGCUGCAUCGCUGACCUGGGCCUGGCAGUGCGCCACGACUCCGCCACUGACACCAUCGACAUCGCCCCCAACCACAGAGUAGGAACCAAAAGGUAUAUGGCACCAGAGGUGCUGGACGACUCGAUAAACAUGAAGCAUUUUGAGUCAUUUAAGAGGGCAGAUAUCUACGCCAUGGGCUUGGUUUUCUGGGAGAUAGCCAGUAGAUGCUCUCUAGCAGGCAUCGUUGAAGACUACCAGCUGCCAUACCAUGACCUGGUGCAGUCAGACCCUUCUGUAGAGGAGAUGAGGAGGGUGGUGUGUGAGCAGAAGCUACGGCCCAACAUUCCAAAUCGUUGGCAGAGCUGUGAGGCUCUGCGGGUAAUGGCUAAGAUCAUGAGGGAAUGCUGGUAUGCCAACGGAGCCGCCCGCCUCACUGCGCUACGCAUCAAGAAGACUCUUUCCCAGCUCAGCCAAUCAGAGGGCAUCAAGAUGUAGACACACUUUCUCUUAUUAUAUUAUUCAUAAUCUUAUUAUUUUAUUAUUACCAUCAUUAGUUCUCGCUCCGCUGUUCCUCCUCUUGGUUUGAAAGGAGAGGCGGCUCGGUGAAGUUUUACUCUGAUAUUCCCCGACCACUCCCUAAAUGCCGGCAUCGUUUCCUUGUCGCCCCACCAACCGGCGCGUGGAUGUAUUUCCUGUGUCACGGAGGUGAUGGAUGGAUCUGGUGGAAGGAUGUUUGCCAGUGCAAACCCCACCCCCCCUGUCCUCAAGAUUGGUGGGAUCACUUCCUCCAGUGCUCGUGAAUUACCUAUCAGGGUGAUUACAGACCGACGUAGUCCCACCCUGCCACAGACCCAUCUCUCAAUGCUGUUCUGCGGAAACCAGAGGAAAGGAAACGACGACCAUUAAGAAAAACCCCAAGGUUGCAUGACUGCUGGUCAUAACAUUCAGGUGACAAUGCCUCCAUUCCAACAACAAAUGUUCUGCCACUGGGCGAGGUAGCUUGGACUCGACGAGAACCGCCCAAGAAAAAGACUGAACGAAAUAUAGUUUGUUUAUUUUUUUACCAUCUGGUACUUAAAAACGAGCAUAUUAAUUGAGUUAUUAUUUGUGUUUUUUCCCAUGGAGAGAUGCUGGUGUGCUGUUGGACUCAUCUCUCCCGAAAAUGUUGCAUCUUUUUUUAGUAUUUUCUUUCUCUUCUCCCUAGGUAUCACGGUACAGGGGGUCUACAGGUCAGUUUAACUUAUUGGUUUUUGUUUGCAAACAGAAUGGACAUGAGCUCAUUCAGUCUUGGCCAACAUGCUAUGGCAUAUGCAAUAUAGAUAAAAUGUAUCUAUUUUAUAUACUCUGCUCUGCUACUACUAUGACAACAACAGCUCGACAGUCGCCAUCAUGCCUUCCGAGCCAGGUGAUAACCUGAAAGUGCCACUGCUUUAAACCUACCCCCCUUCUUCCCCUCUCAUGUCAGUUACUGUGUGAGGGUGGAUGGAUGGGUGGGUGGGUGUUGGUGUGUGUAUGUGGGUGAGUGGGUGGGUGUGUAAGAUCACAUGGAGACUUGACAAAAGCCCUCCCAGAGCUGUAGGAGCAGCAGGGAGUGUUCCUCCUCCUAUGCACAUGAAAGGACACAUGUGGCCUUGCCACACUGCCAGGGGCAGCCAUAAUACCGCCUCUCUGGUGCCAUCUACCCACCCCCCUCUCCCCCCCGCUGCCAGCCACCCUCAUCAAAACAGCAACAAGGGAUGUAUUUUUACCCUCUCGCUCUCUCUCUCGCUCGCUCUCGCUCGCUCUCUCUCGCUCUCUCUCGCUCUCUCUCUCUCGCUCUCUCUCUCUCUCUCUCUCUCGC